CAAGUUGCCGUAAUGGCGGCGAGCGGAAUGACAGUGCGAUGGGCCGCAAUAGCGAAUUUAUGUUUACAGUUGUGUUUUUUUGCUUGUGUUAACGCUUAUGGUUCUUUUCCAUCGAGGGAAGACAUUACUGAAUGGGCGAAAUUAUUUCAAGAAAAUCUCCUCAAAAAUUUAGACAAGUAUACGGGAAUUAAGAAUCUGGAAAAGAGUUAUGAUGAUUUGAGAAAAGCUAAACUUGUUAAACUGGAUGCAAACAGCUUAGUUCAUAAAAUGUCCAGGGAUUUAACCAAGAAUUUGGAGAAAAAAAUGGAAGCGUUGGAAAGACUAGUUGCUGCUGCGGAGGAAACAGUAAAAUUUUACAAGUUUGAUGCAUCAAUAGUUAUUUCUGAUGUAGAGUUUGCAAAAAUGAAGGAUUUUACUGAAAAUGAUCCCAGACUAAUGUAUAGUGAUAAAUUCAGAAAAGGUGUGAAUUACUCCUAUUCUGGUGUCCACAUUCCUGUUGAGAUUUAUGAAGGAUAUCCUGAUAUACUGAAUGGAUUGAAAUGGUCUGCUACUUUGGACGAAGUUUUUAAAUUAAAUGCCAAAAAUGAUUCAGAGAUAAUGUGGCAGUAUUUUGGAAGUCAGUCUGGAUUUAUGAGGACGUAUCCAGCUUCCCAAUGGAUUACUAUACCUAGGAAGCCCAAUUUCCCUGAUUUAUAUGACGUUAGAUUGCGUCCUUGGUAUGUUCAUGCAUCAAGCUCUCCCAAAGAUAUGAUCAUAUUAAUGGACUCGAGUGGAAGCAUGCAUGGCCAAACUAUGGAAAUAAUGAAAAUUGCUGUGAAAACUUUACUUACUACCCUUGGAGACAAUGAUUUUGUGAACAUUGCUUCUUUCAGUAAUCGUGCACAAUGGAUAUCAUGCUUUGAUACCUUAGUUCAAGCAAAUCGUCGAAACAAACAGAUAUUGUCAAAAGCAAUUGAUGCUCUUGAAGAUGGAAACAUGGCAAGUUUGUCAGAAGGCUUGAAAUUUGCUUUCGAUCAAUUUAUUGAGUUUAGGGAAAAUAAAACAGAACAAUGGGCUGGCUCUGACUGUAAUCAAGUCAUAAUGUUGUUUAGCGAUGGCGGUACAGAAGAAGCAUGGGAUGUUCUUAAGAAGUACAAUUCUGAUAAAAAUAUUCGUGUAUUUGCUUAUGCCAUUGGGCCCCAUCCUGUUCCUUAUGCUACUUUGAAAGAAAUAGCCUGCAGCAAUCGUGGUUAUUUUACCGCUAUACAAGCCAUGGGAGCUGUUCGUACUAAAAUACAAGACUAUGUAAAAGUUUUGGGAAGACCUUUAGUUUUGAGUGGAGAGAAAAACUUUGAAUGGACCAAUUUUUAUCUUGACCCAUUGGGUCUUGGAAUGAUGUCUACUAUUACUUUGCCAGUGUUUAACAGAACAGAAGGAGGAAAUCAAUCAAUGGUUGGAGUUAUGGGUGUAGAUAUGGCACUGCAAGACAUGACAGAUUUCGAACCAUCAUAUGAGAUUGGACCUGCAGGUUAUUCAUUUGGUAUUAAUCGUAAUGGCCAUGUUCUGUUUCAUCCAGAUUUGAAAACAGAGUAUGAUUUUGCCGACGAGCCUCCUCAUCUUGACUUUCUUGAUGUGGAAAUUGCUAAUGACGCAAAAGAAGAGCUGCGAGAAGCAAUGAUAAAUUCUGAAACUUCAUCAAGAGCUUUAUCAAGUCAGCUGAAAAUGCCAGAUGGAAAUCAUAUAGUGAGGCAUCAUAUGGAAUAUUAUUAUACACCUAUCAAUAAAACUUCAUUUUCUAUUGCAGUUGUUGUGCCUACUGACAGAAAACAUUUUUUGGUUGUUGAUGGAAUGGAUUUUGGUGAAGAGUUUGACCUUUUAGAACAUGAAAAACUGGGCAUGCAUCUCGCUCCAUGGAAGUACUGCUAUGGAACUGUGAUGAAAACUGAUUUAGAUGACAUUCUAAGAAAUUUGUCUCAAACAGCCAGAGAAAACCCUAGUAAAUGUAAAAUGCAAUUAUUACACAGAUUAGUAUGGGAUAUUCGCAAAACUGCUGACAUAAUGCACUAUUGGAAGUCAGAGGAUCGUGAUAACAAAAGGUACUUUUAAAUGUAUUAUUUAUUUUUGAAGAAAAAUCUUUUAAUGGUUGCAACUUUUGUCCAGUCAGAAGGUGGCCUUACCAGAAUUUAUCCUCCUAGUGAAUCCCAUUAUUUGAUGGACCAAACUAAUCCAUCCAGUUCAUUAAUAUUCCAACGAGCAUUUUAUGGUGAUGAUUAUGUAUUUUCUCCUCCUGAUGAAAAGUCUAAUACGUCUUCAGAUGAAUAUGAUCCUGUUAUCACAAUUGUAAAAAGCAUAUCCUUUUCCCGUGGUGGAAUUACUUACAAACCUGCUGUUGUUGGUAUUAUGGUUCAUCCUUCGUGGCUUCAACCCCAUCUUUUUUCAAUGCGUUCUGGCCCUGGUAGCUGUUCUGAUGAUGAUUUUAUUGUGUGUUACUUAAUUGAUGAUGGUGGGUUUAUCCUAUCUACUAAUCAACUAGAUAAUAAUACUUUAAUAGGAAAAUUUCUUGGCAAAGAAGAUCCUGAAAUAAUGACAGAAUUGUAUGAAAAAGGAAUCUUUGGAAGAAAUGAAGACAUUAACUAUGAAGAUCGAUGCCCAAAAGAGCAAAAGAAGAGUGCUGGAUUCAAAAUAACAGCAUUACCAUUUUAUUCAACUUUAUCUACAUUGAAAAGCAUCUGGCUUUUUGAUCUUGCUGCAUGGGCUCAGCUGAAAUACUGGUUCCUAAGUUUGUUUUCUUUUCUGAACUUACCAAAAUCAGAAGCAUUGCCUGAAUUCUAUGAGCUUUCAAAUGAGACAACUUGCAUUACUCAUAAAGCUCAGUAUUUCUGGGGUAGAUGGGGUAGGAGCUACAGUGGAGAUAUAUAUUGCAGUAAUUGCACAAGGCAUUUUGCUUUGGCAAAAGUGGGGCAAACGAAUGCUUUGCUACUAGUGACGACAAAGCAGUGUGGAGCUCCUUCUUGCCCAGAUCUUCCCUUGCUGCAAGCCAAGGAAGAAAUUUUAACUCCUGAAGGUAACCCAUGUACACAAGAUGGUCAAGGUAGAAAAUUGAGAUAUCGUAGAAAGCCUGACAAGUGCUAUUUUUAUAGUCCAGAUGAAAAUAAUUCUGAAUGUGGUGCUGUGGGAACCCUAGCUUUACCUCAUUUAGCUCUAAUUUUUGAAUUGCUUUGCCUAAUGAUAGUAACUAAAUUAGUCCAUACAGAAUAA